ACUAAUUAAACAUAUUGGUUUUGGUUGAUGUUGUUUAUGUAUUUAGCUUGUUUCUCACUGUUAAACUCAGCUGGCAUUCAAAAAAAAAAAAAAAACCCUCAAAGCAUGUGCUGUUUUUAUAGAAGGAAUGUUUUGGCGGCUUCAAAUUCGUAUUAAUAUUUUGAAACUAGCAGUUUUAACGGAUGUAUGUGAAACUUAGAGGUAAUACAAAGAGAGAGAGAGAGAGAGAGUUUGAUGCCAGGGGAAGUGAUGAUCAGCAAGGGAGUUCCAGCGAAGAAGUGGAGGAACAAGAAAAAGAAACAGGCUUGUCAAGGUAUUUUAAUGGACAUCCAUUCUUCAGAAUAUCUCCACUCUGACUUCUCAAUCCAAGUCUCGAAGCUAUAUCAUGAUUAUUUUCAAGGCAAUUUAAUGGCAAGAGGUCAUUUAGAAAGUUGCUGCAAAAGCUUUGUGAAAAAGAAGUUUACGAGGAGAGUGAUAAAGCUUCGUGCAGCCAUGGCAGGAGUUGUAGAAACAAAACUGGAAAAUUCUCCAAGGAAACGGCUUUCGCUGGCUAGAUGUGCUGCUGGUAAUUUACCAGAAAUGAUCAUUCUUCAUUCUAUGCAUGAUGUGAAGAUCGUCUUCAAAAGAAGUUUGCUUCGCCAGAUAACAGGCUCGAAGUUGAAUUCAAGGCCUAGUUAUGUUCUUGAAGAAAACCACACUAGUUCAAGAGAAGCAGAGGCCCCUGUCUUCAGGGAUAUCAAAUCCGGUGCACUUCAAGGCUCUGAAGAAUUUGCCAGAGGUGAUAGUGCUAGCUUCAAAGAUGGAAAUGGACGCAAAGAGAAAUUUUCUCUGAAAUCAAUUUCUGUAAUCAGAAGAGAGCUGCCAGAAUCAACUCUUGGUUGGCCUCUUCUUCCAAGAACCACUCCUCUGACUACAGAAGAAUUCAGAAGAAGAAAAGCAAGAAGUAUGUCCCUGAUCGAAUGGGUCAUGAAUCUACCUACUCGAUCUUUUGACACGACAAGGGAAAACCAAACUGAUUCAGAUUCAGCUGAAGCCAAAAUAUCCCUGGAUGGCAAAACUGAAGAUCCUACUGUAGAUAAUGAGGGAACUGGAGUUGAAGUUGAUGCAAGAAACAAUGGAGAAGAUGAGGAAUCUGGUCCUAUGCAGGAAACCUCUACUAAUUCAUCUUUUGUAUUUACAAAAGAUUCAACACAGUCUACACUUGGUUGGCCUCUCCUCCGCAUAAAGACUUCCGGGACUUCAGAUUCUUUUGGAGAAUCUGAGAUGAGCCUAACCAAUCAGUCAACACAAGCGAGUCCAAAAUCCCAAAUUAAUUUGCAUUUCAGGGAAGUUUUAGCAGGACAAACAGAGUUGCCAAUAAAGCUGGAUCUUGUCCUCAAAUUGCACUCAUCUGGCUGUAGGCAGUUCAGAUAUGAGGAGCUUGAGAGAGCAACUCGUAACUUCUCCUCAGAAAACUUGAUUGGAGAGGGAGGAUGCAGCAAAGUGUAUAAAGGAUCCAUUCAUAGAGGCAAGCUAGUGGCGGUAAAGGUUCUGAAGCAGUACAAGGAAGCUUGGGAGGACUUCUACUUGGAACUAGACAUUAUGUCUUCAUUAGAGCACAAACACAUUACCCAUCUGAUCGGUGUAUGCAUUGAAGAUUGUCAUCUAAUUUUGGUUUAUAAUUUCUUGUCCAAAGGGAGCUUAGAUGAAAGAUUAAAAGGUCAUAAUGAGAAGUCUAUAUUGCCAUGGAAAGUGAGGUUCAAAGUGGCCAUUGCAGUAGCUGAAGCUCUAAAUUGCCUGCACAAUGGGUAUCCUCACUCAGUUAUCCACAGAGAUGUGAAAUCCUCUAACAUUCUCCUAUCUCAUGACUUUCAGCCGCAGUUAUCUGAUUUCGGGCUUGCGACAUGGGGACCUGAAGAUAGAGACUAUAUGAUAAGUAGUGACAUUGUUGGAACUUUUGGGUAUAUAGCGCCAGAAUAUUUAAUGUACGGAAGGGUCAGUGAAAAAAUUGAUAUAUACUCAUUUGGAAUAGUUCUGCUAGAACUGUUAACAGGGAAGGAACCAAUUAGUUCAAAAGGUAUAAAAGGGCAGGAAAGCUUGGCCAUUUGGGCAAUGCCAUUACUAGAGAAUGGGAAUCUUGAAGCAUUAGUGGAUCCAAUGUUGAAUGGGGAGUUUGACAUUGUUCAAAUGCAGAGAAUGGUUCUUGCAGCAACCAUCUGCAUCAAACAGUCACCCAGAUUACGUCCAAAAGCAAGCAAGAUAGUAAACCUGUUAAGGGGGGAGAAAGAAGUAACAGAGUGGAUGAAUGACUAUGUUAGACAUCUACAAGAGUCAAGUUAUGAGGAAAUGGAUGACCUUUUCCCAGAACUUAAUCAUAAGCCAAAGUUGGAUUCAUACUUUCAGGUUUUGGAUGAAGAUGAUGCUUUGUCACAAAAUGGUGGUGAUACUGAUACAACAACAAUAGAAAUGCAGAGCAAGGGCACCAUUGCAGGUUCAAAGACUACUUGAUGAAACGGCAGGAUUAACCACCAUGUGCUUGAAGUUUAAACAUUGCUGCAUUGCUUCCUUGAUCACCAAAAGCCUAGACAUUUAGGUGGCCAGGGGAAAGCUUCUUUUAUAGGGCUUUCAACAGAGAAAUUUUUUUUUAUUGUACAUAGCAAUCUUUGGUUAAAGAAUUACAAGAACUGUUUAUCCCCUUUGUAUGCCUGCUUUCUUGCAUCCACUGGAAUAUUUAUUUCAAUUUGAAUAUGAAAUCUAUCAUGAUUUUGACUA